AUGGUUAUUGAUCGCACCUUGUCAUUGAAUAAAAGUAUGGCCGAGAAGGGUGUUAAGCGUAUGGGUGUCUGGGUCUCAGAUAUGGCUGAUCGGCGAAGCCGGGAAUUAGAUGGCUAUCAAUGUUCCGGGCAAGAAGCUAUAUGUGGCUGCCAGGUGGUCAUUCAAACAUACGUCAGCCUGGAGCGUCAACCUUUUGCGUACUAG